CAAAGAUAAAACGACGUCGUUUUGUAGUUAACUUAAAAACGGGUUGAUCACUGAGUUCAGACUCAGUUCAGAGGCUUCAUUCUCGCCGCCGUCCACCGUCCACCCAUCCCCGUAGAGCUUCAUCAACCCUACUAAGAUGAAGUAAGAAUUGCAGAAAUAUAUUGUUAUUGCUGCUGUAAUGGUAUUAUACUAUGUGAUGGUUACAACAUAAGCAUGUCAGACAAUGUGUUCGAUGAAAUUCCAAAGAAAAAAAUAGGAUAUUUAACAUAAGCAUGUAGAAUAAUCAGAUCAUUAAUUUCUAGCAACGUCUAGAUUACUUGUUAAAAGCCACGCGCUCUACCAGCUGAGCUAAGGCGGCUUAAUGAUCUGAUUAUUCUACUUACUUUACUGGUCAUUCAACAUUGCAAAACUAUGUCCACACUAAAACCUUCUCAUUCUUUCUAAAGCCUUCGACCUCUUCCAGAAACACCGGUGUUCUUGCAUUUUCUGCCUCUUCUUUCACAAUUGAAAAACAACCUAUAAAGCAGUGGAAGAAAUUUUUGGUCUGAAUCCAAUACAUUUGCUGAGCAAGCUGAGGUGUCAAGAAAAUACUGAUACCCACUUUCUUGAAGAGUCAUUUUACCAAUGGAGAUGAAGGAUUCAGCUAAUGGCGGUAGCCAGAUUGUGGACGUUGGUUCAGUGGCAGAGGCUGUGGCCUCCGAGAAUGUAGACGCUCCCCUUUACCAACUCGAGAGCCUCUGCAUGAGAUGUGAAGAGAAUGGGACAACACGGUUUUUGUUAACGCAGAUUCCACAUUUCAGAAAGAUAUUAUUAUCAGCUUUCGAAUGUCCCCAUUGUGGUGAAAGGAAUAAUGAAGUGCAAUUUGCGGGGGAAAUCCAACCUAAAGGUUGUCAUUACUUGCUGGAAGUUCCAUCGGGUGAUCAAAAGAUGUUCAAUCGCCAAGUUGUGAAGUCAGAAACAGCCACAAUUAAGGCAUAUGAUUUUCGUACUUGUUUGGAGAAAUUACUAUUCAUGGGCACUUUCGCUUUUCCUCCCUCAUUACUUAUGUUCACUAUGCAGAUACCUGAAUUGAAAUUUGAGAUCCCUCCCGAGGCUCAGCGGGGGUCUUUAUCAACGGUUGAAGGAACGCUGAUGAGAGCUGCAGAUGAGUUGGCAGCACUUCAGCAGGAGCGGAAGAAAGUGGAUCCCCACACAGCUGAAGCCAUCGAUGACUUCUUGGUAAAACUGAGAGCUUGUGCAACUGCUGAAUCAAGUUUUACCUUCAUUCUUGACGAUCCUGCUGGAAAUAGUUUCAUUGAAAAUCCGUUUGCCCCGGCACUCGAUCCAUCAUUGACGAUUAAGUUCUAUGAGCGAACACCUGAACAGCAAGCUGCCUUAGGUUACCUUGUGGACCCAUCUCAAGAAGAUCCAAGCACACGUAAUACUUUAGAGGAAACAAGUGAUGCUCCUCAGAGGCAAGUUGAACCACAUGGUUCGGUUGGAGCAAGAGCUGGACGCCAAGCCAUUGCUCAGGGUAAUAGUUCUCAAAUUGCGGACGCCUUAUUUCGAUAUUCUGCUCCUGAAGAGAUAGAUAUUCCUUACUUCCAAGAAGUGAUUGUUAUGGCCUCCUCUUGUGACGCUUGUGGUUACCGUAACUCAGAGGUGAAGCCUGGUGGACGUAUUCCUGAUAAAGGGAAAAAGAUCAUUGUUCAUGUGAAGAACGUAAAAGAUCUCAGCCGAGAUGUUAUAAAGUCUGAUACAGCCUCUGUAAAAGUACCUGAGCUUGAUUUGGAACUGGCCAGUGGUACAUUAGGUGGACUUGUUACAACUGUUGAAGGUUUAAUAUCCAAGAUUAGUGAAAGUCUUGAGAGAGUUCAUGGAUUUACUUUUGGCGAUAGUCUGGACGACUCCAGAAAGAGCAAGUGGAAAGAUUUUAGAUCAAAACUUGACAAGCUGAAAAACUUGGAUGACCCAUGGACUCUAGUUAUUGAUGAUGCUCUGUCAAAUUCCUUUGUUGCCCCUGCAACCGAUGAAAUUAAGGAUGACACCCAGUUAAUCUUCGAGGAGUACGAGAGAUCUUGGGAGCAAAAUGAGGACUUGGGUCUUAACGACAUGGAUACAUCUGCAGCAGACAUUGCUUACGACUUCCACUAAUUUCGUGCCAAGUGAGAACUGAUUUAUGAAUUAAUCCAUUCUUCUUUUUCAUUCAUUUUGUAACCACAUUCGGAUGAGUCGGUCGUUAUUUUUCAUUUGAGUUGUAGCACUAGCUAUAGACUUUGUAUACAGAGAAAUUUUGUGCUAUGCAUCCUUGCCAAAAUCAGAUUAGUACAAUGAAAUAUUUGUGAUGAAAAUUUUCAGACUAAUCUUCAGUGUGAAGAAGUUUUUAUGAGAUGCUAUCGGACAUGUAAAAAAGGAGCUCACAUAUAUUGUAAACAAAUUAUAUGUAUUUAGUAUCUACUGAAAAAUAAGAUGCAAGUUAUGUGCUGUGAGUCAGUUUUUUAUUCAUAAA